CGACAAAACACGUACUAUAUAUGAUGAUGCAUGCAACGCGUUUAUUUGUAUNUGUACGAAAUUAUCGAUUUGUUUGUGGGAAGCGGAUCCUCUUUUCUUUUCUGAACCAAAGUCAUUGUGAAGUCAUCAGUUUAUGGAGUAAGGCGAUUGGCAUGCAUCUUCACAGGAUAACCGUGGAUUUCAAGAUGUGGAAAUAUUAAACGGGAUCGGGAAAUGGGGAAUUGAAGACGUAUUUUGAAAGGGAAGAACAGCUGGAGCAGAGCAAGACAUGAAAGAUUGCGAUCUCGAUACAAAGGGUCAUUGAAAACUGCCAGAACCAAGAUUGACGGUGCCUAUGAUGGAGAUUGAAAGGCCCGGCAACCCCCACCCUCCCCUGAAGGACCGUUCGGACUCCGUCAGCUCCAUCGAUCGAGAACUGGACUGGUUGAUUGGGUCAGAGAAUGAGGAAAACAACGACGCGGUGGAGAUUGACACGGAGGAACCUUACGAACGGUCAGAGUCGCGGCGUGAAGAGCCUUCUUCAUAUGUGCUUGAUCAGGAUGCCGGAGAACAGAACCACGAAACAGCGCUUGAUGGUGAUCAUGAGGAACAGGAAACAGUGGUGGAGGACUCCCAAUCAGAGGAGCAGAGACUUCUUGAAAUGGAACUCCAGAAACUGAAGGAGGAAGGCUUUUUGCCCAUGGAGGACCCACCGGAGUAUGACAUCGCUGACAGGGUGCGGGAACUCAAUGAGCAGCUGAAGGCCGAAGGUGAAACCCCGGAAAAAACAGACCGGAAGGUCAAAUUCAGUGAAGAGGUCAUUGCUGUUGAAUUUCCCGAGGAGCUCUACGGCAACGAAGAUGACAACGAGGGAGAGGCCAACCAGAAUGGAAUGGAGCAACCAGGUGAUGCUAACGAGGGCGAAGGUGUUAGUGAUGGUACAUCAGACAGUGAGAGGACACAGGAACCACAGGUCACGGACCCAAAUGACCUUGAGGUCGCCAAGCUGACCUUGGGGGAAGAAAAAGACCAUGCUGAAAUAGAGCCUAAGGAAAUGCAGCAAUACGAUCAGAACAAGCCGAAUGGUAACAGCCAGAGCCCGCGAGGUGAGGAUGAAAAGAUCCUGAUUGAGAGGGACGGUAAAUUUGAGCUCAUCAGUGUCAGGGGCUUAACCCCCACCGAGAGACGAUCAAUGGGAUUAGAACUGUCUCCUGUGCAGGAUGAAACUGACCAAUCCCGAGUGACGCCAGUCACCCCCAAUGGUCAUGGCGAUGCUCCUGUUGAAGACCCCGUCCCCCAGGAGGUGGAAGUGGAGUCACCCCUCCAGCCAAGGCCACCCUCCAAGCCCCGCCCCUCCACUGCCACUGACAGCACGGGGCUGCGGCGCUCCCAGCUUCCGCCGCGGCGGAUCCAGUCAGCGCGCACCCAGCGCGACUUGUCAGGGAGCCAGCAGGGGGCCUGGACGGUGGCCUACACCGGGCACAGCAAGUACGGGCUGACGCCGGAGCAGAAGGAGCACAAGCGGGAGCAGAUGAGGCUGAGGAUGCAGCAGCGGCAGGAGCUGCGGCAGGCCGAGGAAGAGGAACAGCGGAAGAAACGAGAAGAGGCUGAGAGUGCCUUUCAGGCGUGGCUUGAACACAAGAGGGAGGCGGAGAAAGAGAGGAAGAGACAGGAAAAGGAACAGAAGAAGAACAAUGACGACAAGAAGGAUCAGUCCAGUAUCGACGACAACUUCCAGGCCUGGCUGCAGAUGAAGCAGAGCCAGGCGAGACGGGAGCGCAAGCUCCGGAAACAGGCCGAGGAAGAGAAGAACAGUGGGUACUUUUUGCGGGACCGCAGAGAAUGCGACCAGGCAUUCAGACAGUGGGUCCGAUCGAAGAAUGAGCAGCUCAAGAAGGAGCGUCUCCUGAAGAGGUCCAACGCCACAGUCAGCCGGCAGCUGGCACGACAGUCCAGGAAGUCCAAAAACCUGGCCAAGGCUCUGGAGACGGCCCAGAUCUACCGGUACACCGACUGGUAUGGCUACCGGUUCUAGGCCCAGCUGUCACCUGUCUGUAGCCUCUGCAAGCCUUGUAGGCUUUGUGUAGCCUUUUGUAAGGAAGCCAGUGAAGAACGAGCCAUGUCUGAUUUCAGAACUGAUUCACAGGGAAGCCAUUUUUGUUCUUGUUUCCUGAAUCCGUUUUGUAAAUUGCAACCUGUUGAUUGGGAUGAUGCCAGACUAUUUUAUUAGUGGCAUCAUUCUAAGCCUCCCUUUCAAUAUUUUUAAAAGAACUGGCUUAAAAAACUAUUUAUGUUCAAUCAUCGAUUUGAAAUUGUCCAUCACAGUAGAUAGGUACAUGUACUAAUUUGUCAAGAUGUUUUACGUUAUCGCUGCUUUUUCUUCUCUUAAGUCUCAAAAGUGAAGAGUUAACCUCGUUUUCAAUUCCAAUAUGGCCGACUCACGAAUGAACUUUGUAGCCUCUGCAAGGCAAGUAGACAUGUGUCCUACCUGUGAGUGCCUAGGGAGGACACACCAUUGUCCGAAUGUUGUGGCUUGAAAUAACAUGCACACCUAUAGAAGCCGCCUACAGUAGCUCAUGGCUAUUAACUUCCUAUAAAUGUGUGCUACUCCAAGCCGUAGCCAGUUGAUUCAGACACACGUGGCAUGUGUGUGCACAGUUGCCAGAGGACAAGCCGUUGUGUUUCUGUAUUUUAACUCAUGAACUGAGUGAAUUUGCCCCAGGCAUGGUAUUAUCCGCAGCCAAAAGUUGCAGACUUUUUUUUAAAAAGGCAAGAUGCACAUACCAAGCCACAGUCCUUUACAAAGUUGGAAUUUACAUGCCGACCCGUGGCGAUUGUUUUCCCUAGCUUUUUCUUCAAUACUGCAGUGCACAGCUGUGUACAGCCAGAUUAUAUGCACAGCUUUGCAGGUGCUUUUGCAGGUGCCUCGUUCUCGAAUCACCUUGCCUUUUUGAAAUAUCAAAUUGGCACAUAGUGGUUGUACGUGGCAGCCAUUGUUUCAGUUAGUGCUUUUGGCAUGGAGGAUUGUGCACACAAGAUGGCUGCUAGGCACAACCUCCGUUGGUCUCCACCCAGAAAGCAAAGGUGGAUUACGACAUCCUUGUGCAGCUGAUAAUUUUCAGAAACUGCUCAUGUACAUGUAUAAAAUUACACGUGUACCCAUAGGGACAGAUUGAGUGAUAUUGUUUUGUUUUGGUUUUUCAUUGGGUGUGACUGUAGACACAACCCUGUGGCACAAACUAAUCCAGCAGCAUUGCACUGGAUAUUCCUGAUGGCCCCCUGUAAUGGUGGAAAGCACUGUGUCGAGCUUGGUAUAGCGUCAUGGAACAGUGGCUGUGCACAAGUGUCGCCAUUGUUGGAAACAAAGUGGCCGUUUAUGUGCCAGAGCACAGACAUAGUUGGUAUAUGACACCUGCACGCUCUACUGUACACGUAAUGAAUGGCCAUUUUGUUUCCAAAAUCUGAAGCAGGUGCAUAUGUCUCUAUAUGCAUGUACAGCUCUGCUCACCACCAUUGAAGAGAGCCACUGCAAAUGACCAACAGUAACAUUUCUGUAAUCGUCAGAUUUGUCUGUAUGUUUACUUUGGAAAGUGUGCUUCAUGAACAUUCAAAUCAGUUUUUCAUGUAUCCUGACAAAUAGUCAAGAACUACAGUAAACUUUCAUCAUAAAGAAUGCUGGUACAAGAAAGUACAAGUAGAAAGAAAAGAUUUCGAGAAUCUCACUUUCUUGAAUUCUUAUGUUUUUCUUUGUUUUUCCAUUCCUCUUGUAACAAAGUCCUGCUUAUAACAAAGUAAUCUGUCUAGUCCCUACAGCUUUGUUAUAAAGAGAGUCAAUUAUAUGUUGAAGCGUUUGGUUGUGGUGGGUUGGAAAGCAGAACCGUUUUGUUGUGUCAAGUGGGUGAAUAGUUGGGGGCUGAUAACAUAAAUGUCGCAAGGGGGGGAGGAAUGAGAAAGAAGCAAAAGAAAAAGAAGGAAAAAGAAAGAGAUAUCAAAGGAUGGAAAUCAGAUUUGAUGGGAAAAUACUCUUAAAAUUGACUACCUCUCCCUGUUAGUGGUUUAUCAGUUUGUAGCUAGUGACGGCUUUGCCGCUCUUCUGGAAAUCCCCUCCCCUAAAAAAGUCCCCCCCCCACCACUGGAAAAAUCCUGGUGUUACCCAUUGCUGAUAAUGUUAAUGGAAAUGCACAUUGUGUCCUUCACCAUUUUUAACAGCUGUCGUCAAAGCAUUCAGCAAGUUACGUAGGCAUGUGAAAUUUGGGGAACAGAAAAGAUUUGGGCAAAAGGGGCAGAUAUGUCAGAGUCCAAACAAUAAAAGGAAGGUUGUAGCUUGUGUUAGGGGAGAGUAAAUUUUAUUAGAUACAAUGUAAUUCUUAGGAUUAGAACAAGAGGUCACAUUUUGAAGUUGUGUUUCUUGUAACUUUGACAAAAUUGAUGAUUAAAAAAAUAUUUGGUGAUAAAAUUUCUCGUUAAUUUAACCGUUGCUUUAAAGAGUGCUAAGCAUGAUUCCAUUAGCCCAGACUGGAUGAUGCCAAACAUUGCAACAAGUAUUGAUUCAUCCUACCAUACCGGUAAUGAACUUUUUCAUAGCGCGCUUUGUUCACAAAUUUAGCCAAUGGAACAAGCUAAAAUUUUGUUCACAUUUCUUAUUUCGGGAAUUAUCUAAAUACUUAUAUUUCCUGAAAACAUGUCACCCAAAGACAUGUUGACUUGUUCUCAAUCUGGCAUUUGGGUGUACAAAAUUUCAGCUACCUCUGUCAGGUGAAAGUGCGUAAAAAAGUGCUGUGGCAGGAUGCAAUGACACCCUGGAUGUUAUUUCACACUGUAAUGAAGAUGUAGUCCAACCUUGGCUGACGGGACCAGUUACGUUUUGGCUGGCAACAUUGGAGAGGCUGUGGUUUCCAACCUAAGUUGCCCAAUUGAUACAUUUAUUUUCUUGCUUUCUGUUUUAUAUUUUUGCAGAAUUUUUCAUUAUGGUGACACUGUUGAUUGAUUGGAUCUCCCAAGACACUCUUGCUCAAAUCUUUGCCUUGGAACAUGCAUUUGUAUGAUUAUUUUAUAUGUAUCAUGAUUAAUUAAUGUUAUUCAGUUUGUAAUCAUUUAUAUUGCAAAAUUUUUGAGCAAAACUCAAAUUCAGUAUUUCAAGUUCAGUGUGCCUUUAGAAUUUUAGCCAUUUGUGCCAAACUAGUCAUAACAAAAUAAUUAAAAGCUUUGUUCUUAUUCCACUCAACCUUAAGCAACACUAAGUUGUACAUGUUAACACGUACACGCAGUGUAAUUCGUUUUGAUUUUCACAUAUACAUGUAAUUCUUUUUAUUUUAUAUUUAUAUUUUACUCCAUCAUUUUGUUCCCUUUGGUUUCUCAACACAGAUAAAUGUGUUAUGUAUUUUUCGUCAUUAAAAUUCUAGAUGAUUGA